CCGCCCCGCUCGGCCAUGGGGGACGUACCGGGGCUGGGGCUCAGCUUCCCUCCCUUUGCGGCGCCGCGUUGGUUCUGCCCCGAGUCCGACGACGACGACGAGGAGCAGCAGCAGUGCUUCAUCCCGGCGUACGGCCGCCCCCCGUUCGGUCUCUAUGGGCCGUACGGCGAUCCGCUGCUCGUCCCCCCGCGCGGCUUUACGGACGCGGAUUCGGACACGCGUGGGCUGAGCGCGGCGUGGGGGCACCGCGUCACGGCCGAGGUGAGCGCCCGCCCCGCCCUGCCUGCCCCGGGCCGUCCCACCGCGGCCUUCGGUCCCUCCGCUCCGACCCGCCGCUCCCGCGGCCCCGGCUCCGUUCUGCCGGUCCGGCCUGAGCCGCCUCCGUGCUUCUGCCCUCCCGCGGAGCCCCGCCGCGAUCCCUCCCGGGUCCGGGGCUCCCGCAGGCGGCCCCACCGCCACCCCAGCACCGCUGCCGUCUGCGUGUCCCAGCCCAGCCCAGCCCUGCAGCGCGGCCCGGGGGCCCACAGUCGUUCAGCAGCACCUCUCGUUCCCCAGGAAGCAGAGAAGAACGCGAUGGAGCUGCUGGCAGAGGAGGAGCGCAUGAAGAGGAAAGCGGAGAAGAAGAAGCUGAAGAAGAAGAAGCAGAAGGACCGGAGGAAACAGGAGAGGUUGGAACAGGAGCUGAGGAGCAAACAGGCGGCCGCAUCGGGCACCACAUCCCUGCCUGGCGCUGUGGGUGCUGUUCAUGGGGACGCCAGCGGUGCUGAGGAGGAGGGUGGCUGCCUGGCCUCCAGCCCCCCCCCGUGUCUCCAGGGUCAUGCAGAGGAGGGAGUGGGGGAUCUGGAGGGAAUAGAGGAUGAACUGGAUUUGAGCUGCACCUUCGUCUUCAAAGCAUGGCAGAAGGCAGGCGUGAAGCUGCCAGCGCCUGCAAGGGAUAAAUCGGUCAGAGCUGAUUCUGCAGAGCCCAACAAGAGGCUGCAGGAGGGGGCAUCCAAGCCCGAGCCUGCACUGCUGGACACAAACAUGUUGGAGCAGAGCUGGAUUCUUGCAGGCUGUGGCAACCAGGCUGCCAUGCAGGGACGCUACAAAGAGGCUGUGCAGGCCUUCACCGAGGCCAUAAAGCUGAACCCCAGGGAGCACCGGCUCUUUGGGAACCGGUCGUACUGCUACGAGAAGCUCCAGCAAUACCAGGAGGCACUGAGGGACGCACAGAUGGCCCUGGAGCUCCAGCCCAACUGGCCCAAAGGCUUCUUCCGCAAGGGCAAGGCGCUGUGGGGGCUGAAGCGCUACGCCGAGGCCAGGGACACCUUUAAGAACCUGCAGGGUGCCCACACUGAUGUAGCCGCCCAGCUGGAGGCCUGCCAGAUGCUGCUGCAGCAGAGCAACCUCCACGAUGCCAGCAGCCCCAGGGACGUCCCCGUGCUGGAAGCUGGGGAGCCGCUGACACCCACUUCUGCAGAUGGGUGUGUGAACGGGAGCUGCAGCGAUGUGGACAUGAGCGGCUUCGUGACCGUGGUGAACUCAAGGAGCCACUCAAAAAGCCACGUGCGGACCACCACCACAGCAAGCCCCCAACACACACUGCCUUCACAGCACCCUGCCAGGGACUGCUAUCCUCUGUGGGUCGGGAACAUCACCUUCAAGAUCACCAAGAAAGUGCUGCAGAGCUGCUUCAGCCGCGGGGGGGUCCGGGGGCGGCUGGCUGAGCUGCCCCACCGCGCAGGUUCGGGCAGAUCCAAUCCAUCCGGAUGCUCCCGGAGAAGUACUGCGCCUUCAUCAACUUCCAGCAGAAGGCAGCGGCAGAAGCGGCGUACAGAGCCAUGCUGGGCGCUGACCUGGAGGGCUGCCGGCUGGCGCUGCAGCUCAAGCACCCAUCCCACGCCACACCGCCGCCCCGACAGCGCCCGUAGGACCCUCCGUGGGGGCCUGGAACCUUCCUCAUCUCGGUGGGCGCUGCCCCGUGAGCUGCUGGACCCGCAAAGGAGCCCGGAGUGCUGCAGGAGCUCAGGGCUGCACGGCAGGCUUUGGAGCCACGUGCCUGCCGCAGCCUCACGUGCCUUCUCCCCGCAGCAGCAGGCCUGGCCCCAUCUGCCCCACUGCUCCUACCUCGUGCCCCUGCCACGGCUGUGCCCGGGCUGUGCUGCCCUGGGUCCCACAGGCCAGUGUGGGGGGGUCGGUACCCACAGGGACAGCCCUUCCUUCAGGGAUGUACGCCUGCUUUGGGUUUCUUAAUAAAAGCGAGAGCCGACGGUG